CAAGAUUCAAGAUGGAUGUAUACGACUACUAACAUCGUUUAUUUAGAGCGUUGGUUUCAUUAGAAUAUCUCGCCUAGUCUCAUAGAGUUCACUCACAUAGAACCUGCUAACAUCUAGCUAGAAGGAUUUACUGCACUAUAAUCGAUGACCAUCAUUACCCUCCCUGCCCUAGAGUCACCAACCGCCGCCCUUCCGCCGAUCGGAAGAAUUAGAGGCGCUUCAAUCGAGAAACUUCAGGAAUCCUUACGGUACUUGCGCCUGGUGUACAGUCCUGAGGUUCGCGGUUCGCGCCGCGUCAACCGCAAGACACACUCUCAGUCGUCGAGUCUGCGAAGCGGGACUGAUCGGGAUGAAGAAUUGGGCGCUCUACGCUCCGACGCUUUCGAGAGGUCAUAUGCUAUUCGUUGGCUCACAUCUCUGAUCGCCCAAGUCGAAGUCAUGGAACUCGAAGGCAGCAGCGAUUCCACGUCUUUCGAAUCGAUCAUCCAGACUGCCGCAUCGCUCCUGUCCAUCUGCGCCGGUACGUCCGCCGCGGGGUCUGUCACGCGCUCCUUUUCAUUUGGCCACGGAACGGGAGAAGUCACGGUGCAGCUGACGGACGCACCGCUGGAGAACCAGGACUUUGGGACGGUCGGGGUGCAGACGUGGGGAAGCGCGUGCGUGCUGGCCGAGAUGCUCGUCGAGAUGCCGGAACAUUUUGACCUGAAUCUGGGCCACGUCACAGGGGAAAGGCUGAGGGUGCUUGAGCUCGGCGCAGGAACUGGGCUGGUCAGCUUGACGGUAGGCAAACUCCUGCAGCAGGUGUGCACGCAGCGACUCGCAGAAAUCAUUGCAUCCGACUUCCACCCCUCCACCCUUUCCAAUCUCAACCUCAAUAUUGCCUCCAAUUUCCCUUCCACAUCUGCAACCUCGUCCUCCGUCGUGCUUUCUGCUCAUAAAUUGGACUGGUCUGACACGGUGACCUUGGACAAACACCUAGUCCCUUUUGACGACUCCUUCGAUCUUAUCUUCGGCGCCGACAUCAUUUAUGAGGCCGAACAUGCUCUAUGGAUUCGAUCAUGCCUCGAAAGGCUCCUCCGGCGCCCAUCGGCGACGCAGUCACGCACAACUCCCUCGGCCCAAUUUCACCUGGUGAUUCCCCUACGCCCAACGUUCGCAAUCGAGUCGAGCACCAUUGAGCAAGUUUUCCCUUUCUUACGCAACCUUGAUGCACUUCAGGACGGAUGCUCCGCCUUACACAUAUCACAUAAGGAGAUUAUCCUCUGCGAGGCGCAGCCUGGAGUGGUUGGGGAGGUCGAGUACGCUUACUACAUCAUCCAGUGGGCAGCUCGUUGAAUCAUCAGAUUGCCACUUGUCCUGUGUUCACCUUGCUCGCAGGGCCUACUGCCGACCAUAGGUUGUGGCGGGUUUUUCAGGAUCUUUUACUCAGGUACAAUCACAUUCUAGGGCAGUUGUUUCAGGUCUUAUGCGGAGCAUGAGCAAGGCCUAUUAUCACAGACCGUAGACCGCAAGCAAGCUCAAUCCCAACAUUUCGCAAUGAUUAGAUUUCUUUUGUUGUU